AUGCUGUGUGGAUGUUUCUAUAACAACAAUGCAUUUAUUUUGUUUCCCUCUCCCCGCAGGACUCUGACGGAGUUGUUAAAGCAACCUGGAGAGGCGGGAGCGCUGGAUGGAGGAGGGGUCCACCAUCCGAUUGGGACCAACGGCAUCUCGGCUCGGGCCCUACGCUCCAACACCGGUCCAGGACUACGGUCUGGCCUGGCGCGCGUGGUCUCCCUCCUUCUCCUUGGGAGUGCGUGCGUGGUGCAAGCGUCGUGCGCUCCAGGCCCUUCUCUGGGUCUGGGGCUGUUGUGGGACUUUGCCGUGAUUCCCCCACGUCUCUCCCCCUCCUCCUGCUGCCUGCGGGUGCGCGCACUGUCACCGGCAGGCACGAGGCGCACAGCGUGCGUGGCCCACGUUGGAGCCGCCACCUCCUGUUAA